AUGUCAACUCAUUCAACAAAUGGACCAAUUUUAGCUACUGAUCUAGACCUUAAUCAGUGGAAAAGAAUAUUUGAUAAUUGUGGCUUACUCUGUGGUAUUUGCAUGAAUGAUAAAGAACCUACUCGUGCUAUGCAACCCAUUGUCAAAUUUAAAGAAUCAAUUGAUUGUAAGCCACUUUUUCAAGUUCGUGAUGAUUGUGAAAUUCGAACCUAUAUGAGAAAUAAAAGAAUGAAAAGUUGGUUUGUUUCAAAUAGCUAUUUUGAUGGAGGCUUGGAUUUGUCUUUAUUUGGUGCUGGAGCUAAUAUGGCUUAUUCGAAAGAUUAUUCAACAAACAAAGAAACACAAACAAAAUAUUCAACUUGUGCGUAUCAUUUUCGACGUGUUAUUAUGAAAUUGGAUUUAAAAUAUCUUGAACUAAAUCAAUCAUUUAUCAAUGAUAUUGACUGCGUUUUAAGAAAUUAUUCAGAAUAUAAAGAAAAAACGAAAGAUUUUUCAAAAGUAGACUCUGAUGACCAUAAAAAAACGAUGUCAAGAAUUCACAAUGAUUUAGAGCAAGUCUUUUCAACUUAUGGUCAUGUUUAUCCUAAAGAAGUUACACUUGGUGGUCAUCUAUUUCUUACAGAAGAACAUUCCAUUUAUUCAUCUUCUAAUGAAGAUACAAUACGAAAAAGUGGCGAGAUCCGUUUUAAAUCUAUUUUUUCAAAACUGAUUGAAAUUCAUGCAAAGAGUGGGUCUUCAUAUACAUCAGAACAUGAACACAGUUAUGAAAAAUUAUCAACUACCUUGGAAGCUGUUGGCGGUAAUACACUAUAUGCUAGUGAUCCAGAACAAUGGAUGAAAACUAUAGCAGAUCCAAUGCUUUGGCGUAUUAUUGAACAAAAGGAUUACAAACCAAUUAUGGAUUUACUUAAUGAACAACAGCGAGCUAUCAUUGAAGGUUGGCGUGGUCGCCGGAUGGACUGGCGAUUUCUGCAGGAUCAGUUAUAUUUUCUAAAGCAUAAGCCUAAAUCUGAAUAUGGAAAAGAUCUUGGCAAAACAGUUAAUUUUAGCUUAGCUGUUGAUAUCACCGGCUCGUCAACAAGUAAAGAAUUCGUAGCAACACAUUUUGAUAUAUUCAUCGUUGAUUCUACAGAUCAUACGACUUAUAUGGAAGCAACUUUCAAACGUCGUCUAUAUGAUGAUUAUCUUUUAAUAAAACAAAUUGGAAAAAUACCUUUAAAUCGUAUUCAAGAGUUUUUUCUCCUAUGUAUUUCGCUCAAAAUUUACGAAAUCAACUGGUCCAAAAUAUUUAUAAUCCAAUGUGCAAAAAAAACAAUGGUGCACUUUGGUCGUCGAUAUUAA